CUUCAACUUCCAUACAUUUUCCAACCCAGUUGAACUUAUAGAAAGCCCCUUUUUUGCCCUUUUCAGUUCACCACCUUUCUCCAGCCACAACAAUGGCGACUCCGGAAGCCAGGUUCGAUGCAUGGAUCCAGAGCCGUUUUGCCUACGCAACACCCGGAAGUUACAUAAUUAUCGACGACACCCAGACCCAAGUUCCCAACUGCUUUGCGUACGCGGUCGGCGUCUAUGAGCGUGCUAUUUUGCCCAACAACUUCGAGCAACUGGCUCAGGCCUACGGCGGGGUUGGUUACUACCACACGACGGCAGAGCCCGAAGAAGACGGAGACGUCGAGGUCUACGCUAAGCCGUCAGACCUGGGACGGCCUCUCCAUGCUCAUCGCAUCACGGACGCGGCGUCGGGGACCUGCGAGUCCAAGAUGGGAGCCGACUUCGCCAUCCAGCACCACCGAAACCUCCUCCAGUGCAACCACCCCAACUCCACCCGCUCGGAGUACGGCGUUGUCGUGGCGCGCUACCGAUACGAUGGCGUGCGCUACGCUAGAUGGCUCGAGGGUGAGGUGACGACCAGCAGCGGCCGAAAGCUCAGGCGCAAGGACGCGGCGUGGACUUCAUCGGGCCGGCCGGUGGCCAAGGGCAACACGUCUACCAGCAAGUCUGGCCGCGUUAGCAAGAAGGGCGGUAAAAAGGGCGGCUCCAAGACCAAACAGGCCCCGUCUUUCACAAACUCGGGUAAACCCGACCCCAGGGCCGUGGCAAAGCAGCGACCCCCUGCCAUCCCUCGUGGCGGGUUUAGGAGACCGACUGCGAGGAUUACGCCCAAGCCUUUUGCUGUUAAGGCCCAUCCGCCCGCUGCUCAAACCAAGCCUUCUGCCCCUACCGGUGCGCAGAGACCUCCUGCCGCUACCAGUGCACGGAAGCCUCUUGCCCCUACCACUGCGCAGGGAAAACCCCCUCCUACCACUGCUAAUAAAGCUCCCCCCCCUACCAACGCGCAGAGGCCUGCGCAGAGACCUGCCGCUACCGCGCGCCCAACGCGCCGUUAA